CGUCAUCGACGUGUCCGACACGGAGGAUUGUCGCCGGGGGAUUGGAAUACGAGCAUACAUAGACCGAGCAUUUGGAAAACAAACGAUAUUCCAGUGCGCUGCCAAGACGGCUAGCAGCGAGCAAGCUCUGAAUAUCGACAACAGACUCUAAUUUAUUGCAUGGCAUAUCGCCCCAGUCUCACAUGUCUGAGGCAUCGUCUCCCCUUUCGCCUUGGCAUCGCCUCGUCCAUGUCUCAUUCACCUCAUUUAUAACCCCACGCCCAAGACAACGAAUGCCGUGCAUACCUCUCCACCAUGGCCACCACCUCCACCCCAGUCUCCAAUGCGUCUGAGGAAACAAAGCCUGAAUAUCACCGUCUUCCUUCAAAGUUCUCCUUGACGCCUGGGAGGGAAAAUGCACCGCUACUAUCACCCAUGAUAGAGCGGCCCGACAGGCCACUCUUUCCAGCCGAUGUAGGAUUUCAAGGACGGAGGUUCUCAAACUACUCUCCAUCUUCUAGUUCUGGAGGCUCCACCGACUCUUGUGGGUCCACAGACGGGGUAACCGAAAUAUCGAUGUUGCCCAGUAUGCCAUACACGGAGGAAUCAUCUCUUUCUUCUCAUGCGCCUACCCCGUCUGUGUCUACGAAGAACUUCAUCUCUUCGCCUUUGAACCCUACGACUUUUCACUCCUUCGCUCGAUCACACACGCUUUCGGAGUUGAAUAGGAUACCAUCGGAGGAUAUCAGAGCUAUAUGCAACCCGUCCAACACGUCGCUUCGAAGCUCCAUGAUUCUGUACAGACUCGCAGAUGAAGCGCCUCCCACUCGUCGAUUCCACCCCCACAGGAAAUCCAUCCUGUCCACAUCUGGAGACUCCGUCCUGUCCCUGUCUUCCGAUUCUAAAUAUCCUUCUGCACCUGCGGGCGCCCGUGAUCGCGGGCUCGUGGCUUAUGCCUUUGACCCGUUGGCGGAGGAUCUUAUAGUCGACGAUGAAAAGGACGAAACGCUCAAUGAUGCAAAGAUGGACCGUCUGUCUCCACGCGGCAUGGCCAACGUCGCGGCGCUCAUCUGCUUGCUCUUGGCCAUUAUUUCACUAUUUGUGGUUUACCCUGUAGUGUCGUUCUAUAAACACAGUCAUAAAAACCGGAUCAUUGCAGAGAAUCCCUUUAUCAACUCGACGGGUCAGGCCGAAGACACCAUUCCAACAAGCCGGCACGGAGUGAGGAGUCAGAGCCCGUUUUCUCAUGAAAUUCCGCUUGGCCACGGUAUGGCUGAUUAUCCUGGGGAGUACACUCUCAUCUUCAAAGAUGAGUUCGAUAGGGACAAUCGUCCUCUUAUAAACGGAAAUGAUCCUGUGUGGCAGGCAACAGUCUAUGCGAAAACAUUUUUCGCGAGGAUUUACAAAAAUCAUCUUGUCCUCGAUGGGUCAGCGGGCGCAGUCCGUCUUCAUAGACCUGUCUGUAUCAAGCCAGGCGGGUAUCUGGAGAUUUCGUACAGGUCUCCAGAUGACCGUGAAAUAAAGAAGUUUGCUUGGUAUGCCGAAUCAGAAGUCGCUUCAUGGUUGGGUCUGACCAUCGAUCUAGGUGAGUCGCAUCGAUACUAGUGUGGCGGGAGCGCAGUUCACGUCGUAUAACAGGAGGAGGUGACAGGAGGAGUAAAGAACAAGCGGUUUGGAUCGAAUAUGUGAAGGUUUAUGAACGCUCCGGCACUUCAUUCUCCGGUGCUUGUUUUGAAACGUCACCCACGAACAACGUGUUAUUCUCUCCAUAUGCUUACCUUCUCUGGUG